AACGAGUUAAAAGAUAACCCUGACUAUCUAAUUAGGUGAUCGAUUGUGAUGUCCCGUUGUUAAGGUACAAGUAGGAGCACUACUCAUUUAAAAAGGCGAGGAGAAAUGUUACGAUGUUCAGUUCGUGAGUGUUUCAUAUAAGUGCCGCAGUCGAAAUGUUACCGAGUAGUCUUAAAAUGGAACAGUUUCAUACGGUACUUGUAGUUCUAAGUAUAAUUAUAGUUAUUUCCAUAGCUGCACCGAUAUCCGAAAAUGAGGACUCCGAAAAUGACGGUGAAUAUGGAGAGUAUUUCGAGGGUGAUAUGUUGCUGUCAAAGGCCCAACGAGAAGCCAUAUUGCAAGCAGCAGAUGGUAACGGUCGCAAUGGUCUACGGAAUGUAGCUAAACGCUGGCCGAACCGCACCGUCGUGUAUCACAUCAACGAGGAAGACUUUGAUGAAGAACAUGUGCAAAAAAUUGAAGAUGCUCUAGCUGACAUAGCGAAUCAUUCGUGUAUCUCAUUCCGACCUAGAGAAAAGGAGGAUGAACAUGCAGUGAUUAUACAAGGUACAAAAGGUGGAUGUUUUUCAAGCGUGGGACUUAGCACCCCUAACGACGAAGGCGAAAUUCAUCAAGUACUGAAUCUAGCCAAGGGUUGCUUCAAACACGGUACUGUGGUACAUGAGAUGCUGCAUACUAUUGGAUUCUAUCACAUGCAAAGUACUUAUGAUAGAGACGAUUUUGUGACUAUUCUAUGGGAAAAUAUAAAACCUGGUCACGAACACAAUUUCGCAAAAUACAGCAAUGACACUGUGACUGACUUUGGAGUCCCUUAUGAUUACAACAGUGUAAUGCACUACACAGAGAAAGCAUUCUCUGUGAAUGGCAACAACACCAUUGUCCCAUUAAAGGAAAAUGUUACUAUUGGCCAGAGGAUGGGAUUAUCAGAAAGCGAUAUAUUGAAACUAAACAAAAUGUAUUGUGAAGAAAACGACGAUAAUGAAGUUAUGUUGAUUGAGAAUAUCGACGAGAUAGCGUUUACAUGUGAUUGACAAAUAAAUUAUUAGUUGUAUUAAUACCCAAACAAGAUCUUAAAUGUUAAAAGUGAAAUUAAAUGUGUGAUUACAUUAAUAAUAUAACUAUUUAUUU